AUGAAUGUGAAAGAGUUUUGGAAGAGCCUAGGCGAGUAUCCAGUAUGCCUAGCACCUAUGGUAGAGAUGGGAGACAUUGCUUUUCGUAUUUUAUGUCACAGACAUGGCUGUGAUGUCUGCUGGACAGGAAUGAUAAAUGGAAGUCAAUGGAAUCGAAGCAAAACAUACAGACAGCAACAGAUUGAGUAUAGUGAAGAGGAUAGACCACUUGUUAUACAAAUUUCCGGUUCAAUUGAUGUAGAUUUAUUGACGACUGCAAAAUCGAUGUCAGAAUUUGGAGUUCCCAUCGAUAUCAAUCUUGGAUGCUGCCAAAAAGUCGCAAAACGUGGCGAAUAUGGAUAUUUUAUGGUUGAUUCAGAGCAAAAACGACAAAAUGUCGUAAAUCUCAUUAAAUCUAUUCCAUCAGAGAUCACAGUACCACUUUAUGUCAAGAUUAGAGCAUUAACUGACGAAAGUGGCAUCCCAAGUAUCCCAAUUACAGUUGAUUUUGCAAAACACUUAGAAGAAGCUGGUGCUUCUCUUAUUACAAUACAUGGACGUUCUGCAGCCCAAGAUAAGCAUGGUCCAUUGAAUAAAGAGCUCGUUAAAGCUGUUGUUCAAGCCGUAUCAAUUCCAGUUAUCGUUAACGGAGGAAUCAAUUCUCUCGACGAUGCAAGGAACAUGAUACGCGAAACAGGUGCUAUUGCCGCAAUGAGCGCUCAGAGUCUUCUCAUGGAUCCAACGUUAUUUGACAAAAAUGGCCGCCAGCCAAAUACAGUUUUUGCUUUAGAGUAUCUAGAUAUAUUCGAGAAAUACCAUGUUCCAUUUGAUGUCGCUCGCCGCCACUUCUUUUACUUCUUUGAUAAAGAACUCGGAUUAAAUGGACAGAAGAGAGCAGCUCUUGGAAGAAUUUCCGAUAUACAAGGAUUGAGAGAUUUCGUCGGUGAAAUAGAACGCCAAAAAGCAGCGCCUUCAUUCGGAUAUUAA